UCUCAUGGUGGAAACUUUCCCUGUCUUUGUGGAUGCAAAAAAUCAAGAUUUACAGAUAUAGCCCAUGUCUACAGUAACAAAAUAGUGUCCUUGGAACAAAGAAGGAAGAAGGUACAUAAAUUUCAAAAUAAGUUGUUCGUUAUUUGUAAUUUUGACAAAAAGUAUAGAAAAUUAUUUAUUCCAGGUAAAUGAAACAAAAUAUGAAUGACAAAUUUAUAGAUUUCUAUUACAUAACAUUAACUAUUUUUAACUAACUAUUUUUGAUUAUUUUAGGUAAUAUCAGGCCCAGCAGGACAACAACAAAAAGCUGUGUCUCCAUUUCAACAACUCAAUGUGGAGAAACUGGGUCUUGAAGUAAAUUACAGAAACCUUGACCGUGACUUACCAGUUCAUCAAAAGUUGCACAAAAAGGACCUUGAACAGCUACUAAAAAAUCAUUUGACAGGAAUUAUCCGUGUUCCAGCUCUUUGCUUUGGAAAUGAACAUAGUACAAUGGAGUCCUUGAAUCUUGCUAAUUAUGAAGUGAUGCCGAUUGAACCACUGCAUGAUUGUAAAGGACAUAUCAAGAAUUUGUGGGAUGUUUUGCAUGAAGUGUUGACACCUCAAGAGAAUAAAAUUUUUCAACAGUCCCUAGAUGCCACAUAUGGUUCGAAGGACAAGGUGAGAGGAUCUGACUAUCGGCUGUCAUCAAUAGUUGUUUACCAAUCAAUGCAAAGCACUUGCAGAAAGGAAAUCAAAGAGUUGUUGUACACAUUGAUGGAGCUAGUUCGGUUAUCAUAUCUUAAAUCCCAAAAAAGGUCCCCACGAAUUAUUCUACGAUUACAUAAUAUUAGUUUCCAGCAUGCCAUGUUGUGCCAAGAUCUGUUUGGGCAUAAUUUAAAGUCAAUGUCUACACAAAAGCUUUAUGGCAUUUAUUAUCAUGGCUUGACAACACAUUUAGCAGAAGUAUCGAGAAUUAUCUCACCAAGCUCCUUACACACAGAGAAUGAAGAACAGCUAUUCAGCAAAAUUAAUCAAAUAAGUUUGAGAACAUCAGCCAGAUCCUUAGAAUCCAUACGUGAUAAUAGCAUCAUCCGUAUUCAAGCUGAACAGAAAUUUAUUGCCAAAGAAUGUUCUAGAAAAUCAACUAACACAUCUAAAAUAUCGAAAUUUUCAGAGAGUGUACUUGGUAAGUCUAAAAUAUCUGUUUCUACUGGCUUUCUAAUUCAUGUUGGCAUUCAGAAAUUGCUGAGACGAAUGUCCACAUGAAAACAAAAGUUUUCAAUUCACAUUGGCAAAUAUUUAACUGUUAUUUGUGUACUGCAGCAUUUGGCCGCAAAACAAAUAUAAAUUGCAAAUGUCGAACACGAGUUUGCCAACGCAAAACAGGAAAAUGUCAUUUUACGUAGGCAAUGUUCUGUCGUCAUGGAAUAAACUGAAACAGAAAGGCUGUUCUAUGUGAUAAUUAAAUAUAUUUU